GCCCCAUUUUUCCGCUUUCCAUCACCCCGCCCCAUUCUCCCGCUUUCCAUCACCCUGCCCCAAUCUCCCGCUUUCCAUCACCCCGCCCCAUUCUCCCUCCUUCCAUCACCCUGCCCCAUUCUCCCGCUUUCCAUCACCCCGCCCCAUUCUCCCGCUUUCCAUCACCCAGCCCCAUUCUCCCGCUUUCCAUCACCCCGCCCCAUUCUCCCGCUUUCCAUCACCCCGCCCCAUUCUCCCGCUUUCCAUCACCCCGCCCCAUUCUCCCUCCUUCCAUCACCCCGCCCCAUUCUCCUGCUCUCCAUCACCCCGCCCCAUUCUCCCUCCUUCCAUCACCCCGUCCCAUUCUCCCUCCUUCCAUCACCCCGCCCCAUUCUCCCGCUUUCCAUCACCCCGCCCCAUUCUCCCGCUUCCCAUAACCCCGCCCCAUUCUCCCUCAUUCCAUCACCCCGCUCCAUUCUCCCGCUUUCCAUCACCCCGCCCCAUUCUCCCGCUUCCCAUAACCCCACCCCAUUCUCCUGCUUUCCAUCACCCCGCCACAUUUCCCCACUUUCCAUCACCUCGCCCCCUUCUUCCUUCUUCCAUCACCCCGGCCCAUUCUCCCUCCUUCCUUCACCCCGCCCCAUUCUCCCGUUUUCCAUCACCCUGCCCCAUUCUCCCGCUUUCCCUCACACCGCCCCAUUCUUCCGCUUUCCAUCACCCCGCCCCAUUCUUCCGCUUCCCAUCAUCCCGCCCCAUUCCCCCGCUUUCCAUCACCCCUCCCCAAUCUCCCUCCUUCCAUCACCCCGCCCCAUCCUCCCACUUUCCAUCACCCGCCCCAUUCUCCCGCUUUCCAUCACCUCGCCCCAUUCUCCCGCGUUCCAUCACCCCGCCCCAUUCUUCUGCUUUCCAUCACCCCGCCCCAUUCUCCCGCUUUCCAUCACCCUGCCCCAUUCACCCGCUUUCCAUCACCCGCCCCAUUCUCCCGCUUUCCAUCACCCCGCCCCAUUCUCCCGCUUUCCAUCACCCCGCCCCAUUCUCCCGCUUUUCAUCACCCCGCCCCAUUCUCCCGCUUUCCAACACCCCAGCCCAUUCUCUCGCUUUCCAUCACCCCGCCCCCUUCUUCCUCCUUCCAUCACCCGCCCCAUUCUCCCGCUUUCCAUCACCCCGCUCCAUUCUCCCGCUUUCCAUCUCCCUGCCCCAUUCUCCCGCUUUCCAUCACCCCGUCCCAUUCUCCCGCUUUCCAUCACCCCGCCCCAUUCUCCCGCUUCCCAUCAUCCCGCCCCAUUCCCCCGCUUUCCAUCACCCCUCCCCAUUCUCCCUCCUUCCAUCACCCCGCCCCAUUCUCCCGCUUUCCAUCACCCCGCCCCAUUCUCCCUCCUUCCAUCACUCCGCCCCAUUCUCCCUCCUUCCAUCACCCCGCCCCAUUCUCCCUCUUUCCAUCACCCUGCCCCAUUCUCCCGCUUUCCAUCAGCCCGCCCCAUUCUCCCGCUUUCCAUCACCCCUCCCAUUUCUCCCGCUUUCCAUCUCCCCGCCCCAUUCUCCCGCUUUCCAUCACCCCGCCCCAUUCUCCCGCUUUCCAUCACCCCGCCCCAUUCUUCCGCUUCCCAUCAUCCCGCCCCAUUCCCCCGCUUUUCAUCACCCCUCCCCAUUCUCCCUCCUAUCACCCCGCCCCAUUCUCUUGCUUUCCAUCACCCCGCCCCGUUCUCCCGCUUUCCAUCACCCCGACCCAUUCUCCCGCUUUCCAUCACCCCGCCCCAUUCUCCCUCCUUCCAUCACCCCGCCCCAUUCUCCCGCUUUCCAUCACCCCGCCCCAUUCUCCCUCCUUCCAUCACCCUGCCCCAUUCUCCCUCAUUCCAUCACCCCGCUCCAUUCUCCCGCGUUCCAUCACCCCGCCCCAUUCUCCCGCUUUCCAUCACCCCGCCACAUUUUCCCACUUUCCAUCACCCCGACCCCUUCUCUCUCCUUCCAUCACCCCGCCCCAUUCUCCCUCCUUCCAUCACCCCGCCCCAUUCUCUCGCUUUCCAUCAGCCCGCCCCAUUCUCCCGCUUUCCAUCACCCCGCCCCUUUCUCCCGCUUUCCAUCUCCCCGCCCCAUUCUCCCGCUUUCCAUCACACCGCCCCAUUCUCCCGCUUUCCAUCACCCCGCCCCAUUCUUCCGCUUCCCAUCAUCCCGCCCCAUUCCCCCGCUUUCCAUCACCCUUCCCCAUUCUCCCUCCUUCCAUCACCCCGCCCCUUUCUCCCGCUUUCCAUCUCCCCGCCCCAUUCUCCCGCUUUCCAUCACCCGCCCCAUUCUCCCGCUUUCCAUCACCUCGCCCCAUUCUCCCGCUCUCCAUCACCCCGCCCCAUUCUUCUGCUUUCCAUCACCCCGCCCCAUUCUCCCGCUUUCCAUCACCCUGCCCCAUUCACCCGCUUUCCAUCACCGGCCCCAUUCUCUCGCUUUCCAUCACCCCGCCCCAUUCUCCCACUUUCCAUCACCCCGCCCCAUUCUCCCGCUUUUCAUCACCCCGCCCCAUUCUCCCGCUUUCCAACACCCCGGCCCAUUCUCUCGCUUUCCAUCACCCCGCCCCUGUCUUCCUCCUUUCUUCACCCCGCCCCGUUCUCCCUCCUUCCUUCACCCCGCCCCAUUCUCCCGCUUUCCAUCACCCUGCCCCAUUCUCCCGCUUUCCAUCACCCCGCACCAUUCUCCCGCUUUCCAUCACCCCGCCCCAUUCUCCCGCUUUCCAUCACCCCGCCCCAUUCUCCCGCUUUCCAUCACCCCGCGCCAUUCUUCCGCUUUCCAUCACCCCGCCCCCUUCUCCCUCCUUCCAUCACCCCGCCCCAUUCUCCCUCCUUCCAUCACCCCGCCCCAUUCUCCCGCUUUCCAUCAGCCCGCCCCAUUCUCCCGCUUUCCAUCACCCCGCCCCUUUCUCCCGCUUUCCAUCUCCCUGCCCCAUUCUCCCGCUUUCCAUCACCCCGCCCCAUUCUCCCGCUUUCCAUCACCCCGCCCCAUUCUCCCGCUUCCCAUCAUCCCGCCCCAUUCCCCCGCUCUCCAUCACCCCUCCCCAUUCUCCCUCCUUCCAUCACCCCGCCCCAUUCUCCCGCUUUCCAUUACACGCCCCAUUCUCCCGCUUUCCAUCACCUCGCCCCAUCUCCCGCUUUCCAUCACCCCGCCCCAUUCUCCUGCUUUCCAUCACCCCGCCCCAUUCACCCGCUUUCCAUCACCCGCCCCAAUCUCCCACUUUCCAUCACCCCGCCCCAUUCUCCCACUUUCCAUCACCCCGCCCCAUUCUCCCGCUUUUCAUCACCCCGCCCCAUUCUUCAGCUUUCCAUCACCCCUCCCCAUUCUCCCUCCUUCCAUCACCCCGCCCCUUUCUCCCGCUUUCCAUCUCCCCGCCCCAUUCUCCCGCUUUCCAUCACCCGCCCCAUUCUCCCGCUUUCCAUCACCUCGCCCCAUUCUCCCGCUUUCCAUCAGCCUGCCCCAUUCUCCCGCUUUCCAUCACCCCGCCCCAUUCUCCCGCUUUCCAUCACCCUGCCCCAUUCACCCGCUUUCCAUCACCCGCCCCAUUCUCCCGCUUUCCAUCACCCCGCCCCAUUCUCCCGCUUUCCAUCACCCCGCCCCAUUCUCCCGCUUUUCAUCACCCCGCCCCAUUCUCCCGCUUUCCAACACCCCGGCCCAUUCUCUCGCUUUCCAUCACCCCGCCCCCUUCUUCCUCUUUCCACCACCCCGCCCCGUUCUCCCUCCUUCCUUCACCCCGCCUUAUUCUCCCGCUUUCCAUCGCCCUGCCCCAUUCUCCCGCUUUCCAUCACCCCGCACCAUUCUCCCGCUUUCCAUCACCCCGCCCCAUUCUCCCGCUUUCCAUCACCCCGCCCCAUUCUCCCGCUUUCCAUCACCCCGCGCCAUUCUUCCGCUUUCCAUCACCCCGCCCCCUUCUCCCUCCUUCCAUCACCCCGCCCCAUUCUCCCUCCUUCCAUCACCCCGCCCCAUUCUCCCGCUUUCCAUCAGCCCGCCCCAUUCUCCCGCUUUCCAUCACCCCGCCCCUUUCUCCCGCUUUCCAUCUACCUGCCCCAUUCUCCCGCUUUCCAUCACCCCGCCCCAUUCUCCCGCUUUCCAUCACCCCGCCCCAUUCUCCCGCUUCCCAUCAUCCCGCCCCAUUCCCCCGCUUUCCAUCACCCCUCCCCAUUCUCCCUCCUUCCAUCACCCCGCCCGAUUCUCCCGCUUUCCAUUACACGCCCCAUUCUCCCGCUUUCCAUCACCUCGCCCCAUCUCCCGCUUUCCAUCACCCCGCCCCAUUCUCCUGCUUUCCAUCACCCCGCCCCAUUCUCCCGCUUUCCAUCACCCCGCCCCAUUCUUCCGCUUCCCAUCAUCCCGCCCCAUUCCCCCGCUUUCCAUCACCCCUCCCCAUUCUCCCUCCUUCUAUCACCCCGCCCCAUUCUCUUGCUUUCCAUCACCCCGCCCCGUUCUCCCGCUUUCCAUCACCCCGACCCAUUCUCCCGCUUUCCAUCACCCCGCCCCAUUCUCCCUCCUUCCAUCACCCCGCCCCAUUCUCCCGCUUUCCAUCAACCCGCCCCAUUCUCCCUCCUUCCAUCACCCUGCCCCAUUCUCCCUCAUUCCAUCACCCCGCUCCAUUCUCCCGCUUUCCAUCACCCCGCCCCAUUCUCCCGCUUUCCAUCAGCCCGCCCCAUUCUCCCGCUUUCCAUCACCCCGCCCCUUUCUCCCGCUUUCCAUCUACCUGCCCCAUUCUCCCGCUUUCCAUCACCCCGCCCCAUUCUCCCGCUUUCCAUCACCCCGCCCCAUUCUCCCGCUUCUCAUCAUCCCGCCCCAUUCCCCCGCUUUCCAUCACCCCUCCCCAUUCUCCCUCCUUCCAUCACCCCGCCCGAUUCUCCCGCUUUCCAUUACACGCCCCAUUCUCCCGCUUUCCAUCACCUCGCCCCAUCUCCCGCUUUCCAUCACCCCGCCCCAUUCUCCUGCUUUCCAUCACCCCGCCCCAUUCACCCACUUUCCAUCACCCGCCCCAUUCUCCCGCUUUCCAUCACCCCGCCCCAUUCUCCCACUUUCCAUCACCCCGCCCCAUUUUCCCGCUUUCUAUCACCCUGCCCCAUUCUCACGCUUUCCAUCACCCUGCCCCAAUCUCCCGCAUUCUAUCACCCCGCCCCAUUCUCCCUCCUUCCAUCACCCCGCCCCAUUCUCCCGCUUUCCAUCACCCCGCCUCAUUCUCCCGCUUUCCAUAACCCCGCCCCAUUAUCCCUCCUUCCAUCACCCGCCCCGUUCUCCCUCCUUCCAUCACCCCGCCCCUUUCUCCCUCCUUCCAUCACCCCGCCCUAUUCUCCCGCUUUCCAUCAGCCCGCCCCAUUCUCCCGCUUUCCAUCACCCCGCCCCAUUCUCCCGCUUUCCAUCACCCCGCCCCAUUCUCCCGCUUUCCAUCACCCCGCCCCAUUCUCCCGCUUUCCAUCACCCCGCCCCAUUCUCCCGCUUUCCGUCACCCCGCCCCAUUCUCCCGCUUUCCAUCACCCCGCCCCAUUCUCCCGCUUUCCAUCACCCCGCCCCAUUCUCCCGCUUUCCAUCUCCCCGCCCCAUUCUCCCUCCUUCCAUCACCCCGCCUCAUUCUACCUCCUUCCAUCACCCCGCCCCAUGCUCCCGCUUUCCAUCACCCCGUCCCAUUCUCCCACUUUCCAUCACCCCGCCCCAUUCUCCCUCCUUCCAUCACCCCGCCCCAUUCUCCCGCUUUCCAUCAGCCCACCCCAUUCUCCCGCUUUCCAUCUCCCCGCCCCAUUCUACCUCCUUCCAUCUCCCCGCCCCAUGCUCCCACUUUCCAUCACCCCGCCCCAUUCUCCCGCUUUCCAUCACCCCGCCCCAUUCUCCCUCCUUCCAUCACACCGCCCCAUUCUCCCGCUUUCCAUCACCGCGCCCCAUUCUCCCACUUUCCAUCAUCUCGCCCCAUUCUCCCUCCUUCCAUCACCCCACCCCAUUCUCCCUCCUUCCAUCACCCCGCCCCAUUCUCCCGCUUUCCAUCACCCCGCCCCAUUCUCCCUCCUUCCAUCACCCUGCCCCAUUCUCCCGCUUUCCAUCACCCCGCGCUAUUCUCCCUCCUUCCAUCACCCCGCCCCAUUCUCCCGCUUUCCAUCACCCCGCCCCAUUCUCCCGCUUCCCAUAACCCCACCUCAUUCUCCCGCUUUCCAUCACCCCGCCACAUUCUCCCGCUUUCCAUCACCCCGCCCCAUUCUCCUUCCUUCCAUCACCCCGCCCCAUUCUCCCGCUUUCCAUCACCCCGCUCCAUUCUCCCGCUUUCCAUCACGCCGCCCCCUUCUCCCUCCUUCCAUCACCCCGCCCCAUUCUCCCUCCUUCCAUCACCCCGCCCCAUUCUCCCGCUUUCCAUCAGCCCGCCCCUUUCUCCCGCUUUCCAUCUCCCUGCCCCAUUCUCCCGCUUUCCAUCAACCCGCCCCAUUCUCCCGCUUUCCAUCACCCCGCCCCAUUCUCCCACUUCCCAUCAUCCCGCCCCAUUCCCCCGCUUUCCAUCACCCCUCCCCAUUCUCCCUCCUUCUAUCACCCCGCCCCAUUCUCCCGCUUUCCAUUACCCGCCCCAUUCUCCCGCUUUCCAUCACCUCGCCCCAUCUCCCGCUUUCUAUCACCCCGCCCUAUUCUUCUGCUUUCCAUCACCCCGCCCCAUUCUCCUGCUUUCCAUCACCCCGCCCCAUUCACCCGCUUUCCAUCACCCCGCCCUAUUCUUCUGCUUUCCAUCACCCCGCCCCAUUCUCUCGCUUUCCAUCACCCCGCACCCUUCUUCCUCCUUCCAUCACCCGCCCCAUUCUCCCGCUUUCCAUCACCCCGCCCCAUUCUCCCGCUUUCCAUCACCCCGCUUCAUUCUCCCGCUUUCCAUCACCCCGCCCCCCCGCCCCAUUCUCCCGCUUUCCAUCACCCCGCCCCUUUCUCCCGCUUUCCAUCUCCCCGCCCCAUUCUCCCGCUUUCCAUCACACGGCCCCAUUCUCCCGCUUUCCAUCACCCCGCCCCAUUCUUCCGCUUCCCAUCAUCCCGCCCCAUUCCCCCCUUUUCCAUCACCCCUCCCCAUUCUCCCUCCUUCUAUCACCCCGCCCCUUUCUCCCGCUUUCCAUCUCCCGCCCCAUUCUCCCGCUUUCCAUCACCCGCCCCAUUCUCCCGCUUUCCAUCACCUCGCCCCAUUCUCCCGCUUUCCAUCACCCCGCCCCAUUCUUCUGCUUUCCAUCACCCCGCCCCAUUCUCCCGCCUUCCAUCACCCUACCCCAUUCACCCGCUUUCCAUCACCCGCCCCAUUCUCCCGCUUUCCAUCACAACGCCCCAUUCUCCCGCUUUCCAUCACCCCGCCCCAUUCUCCCGCUUUUCAUCACCCCGCCCCAUUCUCCCGCUUUCCAACACCCCGGCCCAUUCUCCCGCUUUCCAUCACCCCGCCCCCUUCUUCCUCCUUCCAUCACCCCGCCCCAUUCUCCCUCCUUCCUUCACCCCGCCCCAUUCUCCCGCUUUCCAUCACCCUGCCCCAUUCCUCCGCUUUCCAUCACCCCGCACCAUUCUCCCACUUUCCAUCACCCCGCCCCAUUCUCCCGCUUUCCAUCACCCUGCCCCAUUCUCCCGCUUUCCAUCACCCCGCGCCAUUCUUCCGCUUUCCAUCACCCCGCCCCCUUCUCCCUCCUUCCAUCACCCCGCCCCAUUCUCCCUCCUUCCAUCACCCCGCCCCAUUCUCCCGCUUUCCAUUACCCGCCCCAUUCUCCCUCUUUCCAUCACCUCGCCCCAUCUCCCGCUUUCCAUCACCCCGCCCUAUUCUUCUGCUUUCCAUCACCCCGCCCCAUUCUCCUGCUUUCCAUCACCCCGCCCCAUUCACCCGCUUUCCAUCACCCCGCCCUAUUCUUCUGCUUUCCAUCACCCCGCCCCAUUCUCUCGCUUUCCAUCACCCCGCACCCUUCUUCCUCCUUCCAUCACCCGCCCCAUUCUCCCGCUUUCCAUCACCCCGCCCCAUUCUCCCGCUUUCCAUCACCCCGCUUCAUUCUCCCGCUUUCCAUCACCCCGCCCCAUUCUCCCGCUUCCCAUAACCCCACCCCAUUCUCCCGCUUUCCAUCACCCCGCCACAUUUUCCCACUUUCCAUCACCCCGCCCCCUUCUCUCUCCUUCCAUCACCCCGGCCCAUUCUCCCUCCUUCCAUCACCCUGCCCCAUUCUCCCGCUUUCCAUAAGCCCGCCCCAUUCUCCCGCUUUCCAUCACCCCGCCCCUUUCUCCCGCUUUCCAUCUCCCCGCCCCAUUCUCCAGCUUUCCAUCACACGGCCCCAUUCUCCCGCUUUCCAUCACCCCGCCCCAUUCUUCCGCUUCCCAUCAUCCCGCCCCAUUCCCCCGCUUUCCAUCACCCCUCCCCAUUCUCCCUCCUUCCAUCACCCCGCCCCAUUCUCCCACUUUCCAUCACCCGCCCCAUUCUCCCGCUUUCCAUCACCUCGCCCCACUCUCCCGCUUUCCAUCACCCCGCCCCAUUCUUCUGCUUUCCAUCACCCUGCCCCAUUCUCCCGCUUUCCAUCACCCCGCCCCAUUCUCCCGCUUUCCAUCACCCCGCCCCAUUCUCCCGCUUUCCAUCACCCAGCCCAUUCUCCCGCUUUCCAUCACCCCGCCCCAUUCUCCCGCUUUCCAUCACCCCGCCCCAUUCUCCCGCUUUUCAUCACCCCGCCCCAUUCUCCCGCUUUCCAACACCCCAGCCCAUUCUCUCGCUUACCAUCACUCCGCCCCCUUCUUCCUCCUUCCAUCACCCCGCCCCAUUCUCCCUCCUUCCUUCACCCCGCCCCAUUCUCCCGCUUUCCAUCACCCUGCCCCAUUCUCCCGCUUUCCAUCACCCCGCCCCAUUCUCCCGCUUUUCCAUCACCCCGCCCCAUUCUCCCUCCUUCCAUCACCCCGCCCCAUUCUCCCGCUUUCCAUCACCCCGCCCCAUUCUCCCGCUUUCCAUCACCCCGCCCCCUUCUCCCUCCUUCCAUCACCCCGCCCCAUUCUCCCUCCUUCCAUCACCCCGCCCCAUUCUCCCGCUUUCCAUCACCCCGCCCCAUUCUCCCGCUUUCCAUCACCCCGCCCCUUUCUCCCGCUUUCCAUCUCCGUGCCCCAUUCUCCUGCUUUCCAUCACCCCGCCCCAUUCUCCCGCUUUCCAUCACCCCGCCCCAUUCUCCCGCUUCCCAUCAUCCCGCCCCAUUCUCCCGCUUUCUAUCACCCCGCCCCAUUCUCCCUCCUUCCAUCACCCCGCCCCAUUCUCCUGCUUUCCAUCACCCCGCCCCAUUCUCCCGCUUUCCACCACCCCGCCCCCUUCUCCCUCCUUCCAUCACCCCGCCCCAUUCUCCCUCCUUCCAUCACCCCGCCCCAUUCUCCCGCUUUCCAUCAGCCCGCCCCAUUCUCCCGCUUUCCAUCACCCCGCCCCUUUCUCCCGCUUUCCAUCUCCCUGCCCCAUUCUCCCGCUUUCCAUCUCCCCGCCCCAUUCUCCCACUUUCCAUCACCCCGCCCCAUUCCCCCGCUUCCCAUCAUCCCGCCCCAUUCCCCUGCUUUCCAUCACCCCUCCCCAUUCUCCCCUCUUCCAUCACCCCGCCCCAUUCUCCCGGUUUCCAUCACCCAGCCCCAUUCUCUCACUUUCCAUCACCGCGCCCCAUUCUCCCGCUUUCCAUCACCCCGACCCAUUCUCCCGCUUUCCAUCACCCCGCCCCAUUCUCCCUCCUUCCAUCACCCCGCCCCAUUCUCCCGCUUUCCAUCACCUCGCCCCAUUCUCCCUCCUUCCAUCACCCCGCCCCAUUCUCCCUCAUUCCAUCACCCCGCUCCAUUCUCCCGCUUUCCAUCACCCCGCGCCAUUCUCCCGCUUCCCAUAACCUCACCCCAUUCUCCCGCUUUCCAUCACCCCGCCACAUUUUCCCACUUUCCAUCACCCCGCCCCCUUCUCUCUCCUUCCAUCACCCCGCCCCAUUCUCCCUCCUUCCAUCACCCCGCCCCAUUCUCCCGCUUUCCAUCAGCCCGCCCCAUUCUCCAGCUUUCCAUCACCCCGCCCCUUUCUCCCGCUUUCCAUCUCCCCGCCCCAUUCUCCCGCUUUCCAUCAGACCGCCCAAUUCUCCCGCUUUCCAUCACCCUGCCCCAUUCUUCCGCUUCCCAUCAUCCCGCCCCAUUCCCCCGCUUUCCAUCACCCCUCCCCAUUCUCCCUCCUUCCAUCACCCCGCCCCUUUCUCCCGCUUUCCAUCUCCCGCCCCAUUCUCCCGCUUUCCAUCACCCGCCCCAUUCUCCCGCUUUCCAUCACCUCGCCCCAUUCUCUCGCUUUCCAUCACCCCGCCCCAUUCUUCUGCUUUCCAUCACCCCGCCCCAUUCUCCCGCUUUCCAUCACCCUGCCCCAUUCACCCGCUUUCCAUCACCCGCCCCAUUCUCCCGCUUUCCAUCACACCGCCCCAUUCUCCCGCUUUCCAUCACCCCGCCCCAUUCUCCCGCUUUUCAUCACCCCGCCCCAUUCUCCCGCUUUCCAACACCCCGGCCCAUUCUCUCGCUUUCCAUCACCCCGCCCCCUUCUUCCUCUUUCCAUCACCCCGCCCCAUUCUCCCUCCUUCCUUCACCCCGCCCCAUUCUCCCGCUUUCCAUCACCCUGCCCCAUUCCUCCGCUUUCCAUCACCCCGCACCAUUCUCCCACUUUCCAUCACCCCGCCCCAUUCUCCCGCUUUCCAUCACCCUACCCCAUUCUCCCGCUUUCCAUCACCCCGCGCCAUUCUUCCGCUUUCCAUCACCCCGCCCCCUUCUCCCUCCAUCCAUCACCCCGCCCCAUUCUCCCUCCUUCCAUCACCCCGCCCCAUUCUCCCGCUUUCCAUCAGCCCGCCCCAUUCUCCCGCUUUCCAUCACCCCGCCCCUUUCUCCCGCUUUCCAUCUCCCUGCCCCAUUCUCCCGCUUUCCAUCACCCCGCCCUAUUCUCCCGCUUUCCAUCACCCCGCCCCAUUCUCCCGCUUCCCAUCAUCCCGCCCCAUUCCCCCGCUUUCCAUCACCCCUCCCCAUUCUCCCUCCUUCCAUCACCCCGCCCCAUUCUCCCGCUUUCCAUUACACGCCCCAUUCUCCCGCUUUCCAUCACCCCUCCCCAUUCUCCUGCUUUCCAUCACCCAGCCCCAUUCACCUGCUUUCCAUCACCCGCCCCAUUCUCCCGCUUUCCAUCACCCCGCCCCAUUCUCCCACUUUCCAUCACCCCGCCCCAUUCUCCCGCUUUUCAUCACCCCGCCCCAUUCUCCCGCUUUCCAACACCCCGCCCCAUUCUCCCGCUUUCCAUCACCCCGCCCCAUUCUCCCGCUUUUCAUCACCCCGCCCCAUUCUCCCUCCUUCCAUCACCCCGCCUCAUUCUCCCUGCUUCCAUCACCCCGCCCCAUUCUCCCGCUUUCCAUCACCCCGCCCCAUUCUCCCGCUUUCCAUCUCCAGUACCACGCAAGCUCUAAGACCAGGUAA